AUACCUGAUAAUCAAUUUUAAUCUGAAAAUCUUAAACAACAACAGUAACAACAAAGUCUGAAUUAUAACAAGAAUAAUAGGAAAAUAGUAAGAAAAAAAGAGAAUAAAAGAUAAAUCAUGGCAAGUGUUAAUGUAAAUCGUAAUCUAACCGAUCAAUUUUAUCGUUAUAAAAUGCCAAAAUUAUUGGCAAAAGUUGAAGGAAAAGGAAAUGGUAUUAAAACAGUUAUUGUUAAUAUGGUUGAUAUUGCUAAAGCAUUGAAUCGUCCACCAAUGUAUCCAACCAAAUAUUUUGGCUGUGUACUUGGUGCACAAGUAAAUUGUGAUGUAAAAAAUGAACGUUAUAUUGUAAAUGGUUCACAUGAUGCAACACGUUUACAAGAUUUAUUGGAUGGUUUUAUAAAAAAAUAUGUACUUUGUGCUUCUUGUGAUAAUCCUGAAACAACAUUAUUGGUUAAUCAAAAAAAAGGUACAAUUAGUGCAUCAUGUAAAGCAUGUGGACAUUUAAGUACAAUUAGUUCACAAGAUAAAUUAACAACAUAUAUUCUGAAAUGUCCACCUGAUCAACAACAUAAUGCACCCGGUGCAUCAGUUAGUAAACGAAAGAAAAAAGAACGUGAUGAUACAAAAUAUCGUAAAGAUGGACAAAAUGGUCGUAGUGGUAGCCCGCAACAUGAUUCAGAUGAAGCAACAACAACAUUAAAUGAAACAAAUGGUGGUGAACAAAAAAUCGAUCCAGAUAAUGAUUGGUGUGAUCCAACAGAUGUUGCCGAAGAUCUGGAUAAUAGUGCAUUGAAAAAAUUAACAUUGAAUGAAGAUUUAGAAAAAUCUGUUCAUCAACGAAUGCAAAUUUUUUAUGAUUUUGUUAAGGAAAAAAUACCAACAAAUGGACCGAUUGAUGUUUCAAUACAAAAAGAAAUUGUUGCUGAAGCUGAACGUUUAGAUGUAAAAGAUAAAGGUGUUAUUGUACUUUGUGAAGUUUUAUUUCGUGAUCCGAUUAAAAUUCAGGAAAAAAUUAAAACAAAUCGACAUUUAUUUUUACGCUUUACAAUGGAUAAUCCAAAAUGUCAAAAAUAUUUGAUACGUGGUUUUGAAUUGACUGUAAAAGAAUUUCCAAAUGAAUUACUUCCACGUGUUGCAAUGAUUUUGAAAACAUUUUAUGAUUUUGAUAUUUUGGAUGAAAAAGUUUUAAUCGAUUGGGCUGAUAAGAAAAAAUCUGCCGUCAAAGAAUUGGGAACACAAAUUUUUGAAAAAGCACAAAAAUUUAUUGAUUGGCUUAAAAUUGCCGAAGAAGAAGAUGAUGAUGAUGAUGAUGAUGAUGAUGAAGAGGAUGAAGUACAAGUUGUUUAUGAUGAACGAAUUCGACCGGAUAAAAUUAUUGAAUUGGAAGAUAGUAAAAAACAAACGGAAGAGCUGAAAAAAUCAUCUGAAACUAGAGAUAAAGAUUUGGAUAUUGAUAUUGAUGCUAUUUAAAUGCAGUCAAUACUAAUGGUUUUUUAAAAUCGAAUUUGAAAAGCACCAGGCAAACAAACAAAA